AUGGCGCCACGAAACCACUCGGUGUGGCUCCUCUCCGGGGCCAUGCUGAUGCUGCUGUCCGCGGCCGGCGCGGCGGCAGCAGCCCAGGGCUGCGCGGCCGCCAGGUUCCAGGCGCCGGCGAGGUCGUUCCAGCGGUGCACGGAGCUGCCCGUGCUCGGCGCCACCCUGUUCUGGACGUACCACCCAGCGAACGGCACCGCGGACCUGGCGUUCCAGGCGCCGCAGGGCGCCGGCGGCUGGGUCGCCUGGGGCAUCAACACCGACCGCCCCGGCAGCAUGGUCGGCAGCAGCGUGUUCGUCGCCUCCCCCGGCGCCAGCGGCGGCGUGGCCGUCCUGAUGACCGUCCUCGAGAGCACGUCGCCCAGCCUGACCAACGGGACCCUCAAGUUCGACGUGCCCGUCGCGCCCGCCGCCGAGUACGCGGGCGGCGCGUACACGAUCUACGUGACGGUGGCGCUCCCGGGGAACGACACGGUGCAGAACACGGUGUGGCAGGCCGGCCCGCUCAGCGGAGGGAAGAUUGCCGCGCACCCCAUGUCCGGGCCAAACCUGCAGAGCACCAUGAGGCUGGAUUUCCUGUCCGGCGGCAGAAGCGCAGGGACCUCCAACUCCGUAGUGCACCGUCGUAACCUGAGGAAUUUCCAGGGAUGAUGAAAUUGAAAUCUCAGCGACAUCACUGAAUAGUAAAUUCAAAUCCACUUUACCUAUUGCUAGUAGUUGUUCACACUUUUCCAAGUUUGAGUCCCAAACUGAUUGUGUAGACAAUGUGGACCAAAUGCUAAAUGUGUAAAAUGUGUUGUGUGCAUAUAUAUAAAGGUUUCUCGUCCUAACUCCUAAGCGAUGAAACUAUCAUAAGUUUGUCGAAAUUUGUACAGGCACCGAAACAAUGUCAAAUGUGUAUCUGUACAGCCGUACAGGCAGCAGGCGCCACCUGGAGGAAGCUUAACGCAGAUACUAUACGAAGUGACGAAGUCGUCGCUCGUCACCGUGUUUUGCUCGUUCCAGGUUUCCAGGUGUUGGAGAAAGGGAUGGUACAUAGGGCACGUCUGUGGAGGUGAAAUUUUUUGGUGUGUAGAAUGAGGAAUUUCAG